AUGCACUUCUCCACAGUACUCCUCGGCGCCUUCGCAUUCGCAUCUGCCAUUGUAGCUUCUGAGCUUCUCAACGAGGUGGGCUACGUUACCGACAGCGAGGGCAAGGUUUACCAACUCGAUAUCACCGGUCACAACAACGUCCGCGUCAUCACCUUCGAGAGAAACGAUGGCUACUACAUCCAACCCACAAGCUAUCAUGUAGAGUCUGCGCACGCUUGUAACUUCUACAGCGAGGCGACGCGUGGUGUUGGGUAUCUCAUCGGCGAGUUCCCGGGUCCCGUCGAGGCCGACUUCAGUAGCAACAUCUGGGCGGCAUUUUAUGAGUGUUGGAAUGAGGAUCUCGAGCCCACGUCUCCUCCUGGUGUACCGGUUCGACGGGGUAGAGUUUUUGUGGAACCCGGUAGUCUUUAG